AAAUGGCUAUGGCAGUGACAACUGACAACUGACAAGUUUUCUGUAUGAAUUUGUUCAAUAUUUUAGUGGUAAUUGUGAAUUUUUUUUUUAAUUAAAUAAAUAUUUUAUUGUUUCAAUUAGUUUUAACUGUUUUAACUAGUUAAUGCAUUGUACAAUUUUUGAUUAAAAUUGAACAAAUUAACAAGUACGUGUAAAGAUGAAUGAUAUAACAAUUACAACUGUCGAAUAAAAUCAUCUGAUACCUUUCAACUUUUCCAAAAAAUAAAAAUGUCUGAGGGAAGAUUUCCAUCUUAUCAUCAUUUACCCCCAGCGGCCCCAGCACCUCAAAGACAUCAUCUGGCAACUGCUGCAACACCUUCUGUUCCUCAUCCACUUACAUUCCAUCCUCCUGCAAUUUCUCAUCGGCUAUCUUCGUGGUUUACUAAACAAGAUAUGGCCGCUUACAGAAAUACACCAUAUGCUUCUUUGCACAAUAUUGCUGCAUUACAGAUGCACAAACCCCAACAUACUCCUGUAAUUGAUAGGUGGAUGGAUUCAAGAAAUAAUAUGCCGCCACCAUCUAGACCUGAUCCACCAUCUCCUAGUCCAGCUCAUUCCGCGAAUGUAUCACCUAGUUUUUCACUAUCUCGAACUGUUGAGAUUGAUCUUACUAAACAUAAAAAAGAAUCUGAGCAAAUGUCUAUUGACUUGUCUUCAAAUAAUAAAAAUUAUGAAAGCUUUUCUUUUAAACGAGCAAGAGAUCAAGUAAAUGGUCAAAUAAAUUUAUCUAAAAUAGGAAAUAUUGAAGAGAAGGCAAUAAGUGUUAUAGCACCAAACCCUCAUAAAGUUAUUAAGUCUGAAAUCAGAUGUGAUGCCCCAGAUUAUAUACAUAUUCAAAAAGUAAAAAAUGUUAAUAAUGAAGGUUAUGAAAACAAAUGUAGUAAAAAUGAUAUUAAGAUUACUUGGGAUGUGGUAGAUAGUCCUAUAAAAAUUGAAGUUGAAGAUACAAAUAAUGUUGAAAAAAUGUUGGAAAACAUAUUUCAAACUAAUGAGUCUGAAAAGCAAUCUGUUAUUAAAAUUAUAAAACCAAGAAAAUCACCAUCACCAUCAAUGAUGAGGGCAGAAUCUGUAGAAAAAAUACUUAAAUCACCAUCUCCUAUACCUAGAAUAGAACAUGAUAAAUCUGAGGAUUCUAUACCAUCUGAAAAUUCUUCAAAAAAAAUUCAUGACACACAUUCUCAAUUCCUCGAAGUAGAAAACAAAUUAGAAGAAUUAUUUGGUGGAGUCAUUACAUCAACUAGUAUACCUGAUCAACAAAUAGUGAUUGAUAAUAAAUUAAAACCAAUAAUUUCUACAAAAAGGCCUUAUAAUAAAAAUAAGAAACAAUUAAAAAAAGUAAAAAAAAGCCUACCCAUAUCUGAAAAAUUAAAACCGGCUGUUGAACAACCUUUUAAAAAAUAUAAAGGGCCAUUAAUAAGAGUCAAUGGUGGUAAUAUAGAAAAUCCAAGAAGUUUUGUUAUAAUUAACCGAAAUGUUCAAGAUGAUGAGGACUCAUUAGAUGGUCGAAAUAUUAAUCGAAAGACUUAUUCAUAUAAGUCUGGUGUUUGCAAUGGUGAAGAAAAACCCGAUGUGAGCAAUUUAGAAAGUAGUGAUUGGAAAUGUGUAUUCUGUUCGCGAGGACCUCACGUAAGAGACAUUGGUUAUGAUCCUACUGGAGAUCUUUUUGGUCCCUAUUAUGUCAGUAUACCAAAGGUUGUAAAACCAAAUGAUAACCCUAAGCGAAAGAAAUCUAAGCAUAAUUUAAAUGAUAAUGAUACUUCAGAAACAUUUAUUGAGGUAUGGACUCAUGAAAAUUGUUUAGUUUGGGCGUCUGGUGUUUAUAUGGUUGGGGAUAAAAUUGUUGGGUUGGAAGAUAGUGUGAGAAUUGCAAAAAAUACUAUCUGUGUUUAUUGUGGUGUUAUUGGGGCUAGUAUUGGAUGUACAGCACGUCACUGCAAAUCAAGUAUACAUUAUAACUGUGCAAUACAUGUUGGUUGGCUUCUAGAUAGCCAGAAUCAUAUGACUACAUGUAAUGUUCAUAGGAAUUCUCUCCUUGGAAGUAGUUGUCAUUAAUGGAGCUUUCUUGCUUCAUUCAUUAUUAUAUUCAAAAAAAUAGGCUUUCUGAGUUUUUUUAUUAUCGUAUAUAAUAUUGUAUUAUGGUUAGAAGAUCAUCAACCUUGUUAUGAACUUCCAAGAAUUGACCAUUAAGUAUUUUCUUAUGCAUAUAUUAUCAUAUGUGUAUAUUUGUUAAUAUAUUUGUGUAUUUUAAUCUAUUAUAAUUAAAUUGUUUAGUUUUAUAAAGUAAAGAAGAUGAACUAAUGAAAUCAUUGCAGUAAUCAACAAGAAAAUUUAUCUAACUAAAUAAUAUUUCAAUUAUGCCUAUUAUUUUAGAGCUGAAAGAAACAAAAUUGCUCUAUCAUAGACCAUAUACUGUGCCACAUUUUGGUGCAUAAACUAUAUAAGUACAUGAACAAAAUAAGUCGUGUCCAUGAAUAUAUUUUAAUCAAGUUUUGUAUGUAUUGUAUUAUUUUAUUGAUUUAUUUUUUACAUUAUUCUUCAUUGUUUUGAUUUUAUAUAACUGUAUACGUUAGGAGGAAAAUACAUAAUGGUAUUUGUCAAUAUUUUUACAGAUGAUAUUAUCUAUUAUAUACUAUUAUAAUUGCAGAUAUUAAGUUAGUAUUUAAAUUUCUUAAGAUAUUAUGAUCUAAAUAAAUAUCUGUUGGACUGUGAUGAUUGAUGAGUAAUAUACUUGGUCUUGAAUGUAAGAAUUAAGGCUGGGGUUUUGAUGUACUUUGCAUUAUUUUUUCCGAUUCUAGCUACACGAUGCUAAUUUUAUAACAUACAUAUUUAAUUUGUUUUUGAAUCAGAAUGAGAAGUUUUUAUUUUGCACUUUUUGACAAUUUUAAAUUUCAAGAUAAAUUUUUUUCAUUUUUAGAGCAUUUUAGGAUUUUUUAAGUAUUGAAAUCCAAAAUUUGAAUUUAAGAUUUUUACAUGCUUUUUUAAAAUUUUUAUACAAAUUUAACAAACUAACUACAUCCAAGUAAAUAAUUAUAUAAUUUGAACCUUUAAAAAAAAAAAAUUGUUUUUCCAAAUUAAAGAAGUCCAAAACGAUCAGUUAUAUCUCUUAUACUUUUUACAAUCCUUUAAAAUGUGUUUUGUUGUUCAAACCAAAAUUACUAAAAAAUAAAAAAAAUUGCAGUUUUCAAGUGCAUUAUUCAGAAUUUUCAUGGCAUUAUUUGGGUUUUUUAGGGCAUUAAAAUCCCAGCCCUAGUAAUAAUGAUAUUCGAAUAACAAUUUAAAAAAUGUCAGCUUGAAAUAGUAAAUUUUCAUUUUAUCAUUGAUAAAUAAUUACUUAAAUAACUUCAUUGAAAAGCAAGGUGAUUAGUUUUUACUUAAAAAAAUACUGUUAUAUUCUAAAAUGUUAUUGUAAUUUUAUAAAAUUAAAUAGUUUUAUUAGAUUCCUAAUUUUAUGUACCUACAUUAAUUACAGAAUAGAAUAAAAAUUAAAUAGUA